AUGAGACUCGCUCACCUCCACCUCCCAUACACAACGCCCUUCGCCCGAGUCUCCGACCUUCAACAAGCCCUCACAACCCGCCUCCUCACCUAUAAAAAGCUCGCCUCCCCAGGCUCAAUCUCCUCUCAAUCACCCAGCAAAACGAGCACCAUUUCUCUAACGCCACCACCGCCCCCAGACCCAACAAUCAUAACGUUCAGCCCGAACCCCGUCUACACAACCGGCCGCCGCGACCUGCCGCCAUCAAACACCCCACCCUCACCAACAACCCUCUCUCUGCCCCCACCCCUCGAGCCAAUCCGCUCCCUGUUCACAUCCAACAAAGCGGAGUACCACCCGACCCUGCGUGGCGGCCAAACUACCUACCAUGGCCCGGGUCAGAUGGUUGCAUAUACGAUUCUCGAUCUGAAAAGACUGGGGCUCACGCCGCGAUGCCAUAUCCGCGUUUUGGAAAACAGCGUCAUUGAUCUAUUGGCCGGGUAUGGGGUCAAGGGAUUUACGACGGAGGAUCCCGGGGUGUGGGUUGGGGAGGGGCCGAAGAAGAUUACUGCUGUUGGGGUGCAUCUGAGGCGCAAUAUCAGCAGCUUUGGGAUUGGUUUGAAUGUUACGGAUGAGCCGAUGUGGUUCUUUAAGCAAAUUGUUGCUUGUGGGCUUGAGGGGAAGGAAGUUACGAGUUUGAAGGGGGUUGGGGUUGAGGCGCGCGUUGAUGAUGUUGCUGAGGGGUUUGUGGAGCGCUUUGUGGCGCGGGUUAAUGCUGAUUUUGCUUGUGGAGAGAAGGCGGGAGAGAAGAUUGAUGAGGUCUAUCGGGUUCGCGAGGAGGAUAUUUUGCCGUCUUAUCCGUCUUAUCCAUCUUAUUAG